UACUUUGUGAGAAAAAAAAAAAAAAACUGUCAACCAUAUCCAAAGUGCAGGACCAAGGAGAAGUAAAUAAUGUAUGCGUUUGUUCGAUUCUUUGAAGACGAUAUGUGCUACGCGUUGCCCGUUUCAAGAGUGGAAGAUUUCAGACCUCAGCACAGAACAGAUUUUGAUAAUCAGAAGGUGUAUCUGGUUCACAGAACUGAAGAGAAUGGCAGCGCAGGCCAGCCGUGCGAAGCGCAGAUCCUUGCCCUUGCAGAUACAGUAGAGGAAUUUGAAGACAGUAUAAUGCAAAAGAAGAUGAAAAUUCCCAAGAUGUCCAUCGAGAAUUCAGGAAACUCUAUUGAGAACCAUUUUGGAGAAGAGAGGUUGCCACUCAGGCAUAAAAAGGCCCUGUCUCAGGACCAUGGACGACCCCUGUCUAACUCCUCCAAGAGCCUUGCAGCAGUAGUGGCUCGCCUUGAGAGGAAUGCAGCCAGCUGUAUGGAGGGCGAAGAGGACCUGGAUGAUGACCGGCUUGCUGAGGAGGUAGAGGAUGCAGAAGAUGAAGAUGAAGAUAUGGAGGCAGAACAUCAGCAACAUCAUCACCAGCAGCAGCCGCAGCAGCAGCAACAACUGCACCAUUUGCAGGUGGAUACAGACUGUGUGUCGGAGGUAACUGCAGCCGUGGUUCCUCGAGUCUUGUAUGAAGAGCUGGUUCACAGCUACAGGCAACAGGAGGAGGAGAUGAGGAGGCUGCAGCAGGAGCUGGAGAGAACCCGUAGACAGCUCGUACAGCAGGCCAAGAAGCUGAAGGAAUAUGGCAGCUUGCUCACGGAAGUCAAAGAACUGAGGGACUUCAACAGGAGGCUGCAAGAUGUCCUUCUUAUGAGAUUGGGCAGCGAGCCUAUGCAUGACAAUGGUACUCAGACAAUCAAGGCUGAAGUGGUUGAGCCCAUUGUUGACGCCCAGGAGACCUGCAGAGAAGAAGCCAACACCAGUUCCAGCUACUCACCCUCCCCUAGAACAGUAUACACCUGCAAUGAUGGGAAGGUUCACCUCGGUGGUGGAAUUUGGGUUGAAGAGGAGAAGUGGCACCAGCUCCAGCGGACACAGGGAGACUCCAAGUUCACAAAGAACCUGGCUGUAAUGAUCUGGGGCACAGAAACCCUCAAAAACCGCAGUGUCACAGGAGUGGCCACCAAAAAGAAGAAAGAUGCUCUGCCAAAACCUCCACUGUCACCCAGCAAGCUGAAAAUCGUCCGAGAGUGUCUGUACGACAGAGUGUCUCAAGAGACAGCCGACAGUGCAGAGAUUACGCAGAGAUUAUCCAAAGUGAACAAAUACAUUUGUGAAAAGAUAAUGGACAUCAACAAGUCCAUCAAGAACGAGGAGCGGCGGGAGUCCAAGCUGCUCAUCAGACAGACAGUCAAGAUGGAGAACUUCACCUACGAUGGCAUGUAGUGGUCAACUGUUGUCACACCAGCGCCUUCUGCCCCCAGUGGUUCACAGGAUAUUUAGGAGACUCUGAUAUGGGUGGUUGGGGGAUAUUUGUAACAGUUUCAGGAGUUGUUUUACUUUGACACAUUGGAUUUGUUAUUCUGUGAAAUUUUGACACAAAUAGACCUCUUCCCACCUCCCACCUCCAAACAGAACAACCAUUACCUUCCUCAGUGCCCAGUUUCCUCAUUGACCGUCAGACAGCUUUACCCAACAGUAAGAAGUUGAAUGAAUGUGGAUCAGUUUAAUAUGAGCUGGUGAGAGUGAUUUCUUUUUUGUUUUGUUUCAAAUUUGUCGUGGAAUUGGUACAGAGAAAUGGUUUAUUGAGGUAUAUGCAUUUGUGUCAAAGGAGAGAUUAGAUGUGAUUGUGAAAUUAAUUUAUUGUUCUGUGUCAGAACAUAAUCUUGCAUCAUUAAACUUUUAAAAAGUUAGAGGUUAUUUCCCGAGACAAAGUCUUCUGAUGCUAUAAAGAUGAUGAUGCUAGCUUGGAUGUUUGGUGACGACCCCAUCACCGCAGAUACUUACUCGCUGUUGGUACUUAAUGCGUAGAAUGCAACGUCAUCAUCUCAAAUGUUUAAGUCUUAAUUGGUAACAGCCAUAUUACAUUUAGCAACACUUGUGUUGCUCCUUGAGAUGAAAGAGUGUGUGCACCCCCUUCAAAUAUAGGUCAAUCACAACAUAUCCCUUUAUUAAGAUGAGGGCUUACAGGGGUUUAAUAGGAAGUAUGACUCGAAGAAAGAGUCUAUGGAGGGCUGUAUUUGUUUUGUUUUAUAUGUUGACCUUUGGAGGUGAACAUUUGCCAUCACUGAGAGAGCACAAGGACAGAGGGUUUGAUGGCAUUUUGCUGCGUUACUCUUAAUCAAACAUGUCACUUUCAGACGAUCUGACUGUUUAAUGAGUUGUAGUGAUUCAGGCAUGUUGAUGCCGAGAAAGGCCUUAAAAUGGAUUUGGCAAUCACCAGGGACAUGUUUGCCCCUGGGUUUUCUAGUAAGCUGUGAUUGUAGAUGUAUAGGAAGCUUAAGAGAUGAAGCUUCACCUGCACUUUGCUGUGAGAAUGUAAGUGAUGGCUAGGUACUAAUUGUGUGAUUCAUGCUGUUGAUCUGAGCCGGGCAAGUUUCUGCCCCUACCCCCAGUCCCGGUAAAAAAUGACUGGUGAGAAAAUCCGAGUGCAGCUCUGCGCGGCUCAGGUCAUCUUUGUGUGGAAGCGGUGUUAGCUGUGGGUAAAGCUGUCUGAAAAACUGUUGUGCUGUUGAAGUUGUGUGGGCCUGCUGAACCCUAUAACAACCCCCUCUUUUUUAAGCCAUGCCACCGCGGAACAAAGAAAGGUCGCUCCAGUGACAGCUUCCUCUGAGCUAUGCCAUCAGAACUUUGAAAAUUGUCCCUUUUUUUUUUUUUUGUAUGUUUUUUUUAAACGGUUUCUUUUUUCUCUCUCCGGUUGUUUUAUUGUUUUGAUCCAAAAAGGUUUGUGUGGCGGUCUGCAGGCUGGAACUAAAAUGCUGCAGAUUGAAAUCUCAACUGUGACCUAUAGCUGUGGCUAACUGUGAAUCUGCUGCAGAGCUGCCCAUCAAGCCUUUCUCCUCUUCACACUCUAGAUUCUUGUUUGUUGUUUGGUUCAUUUCUCUCUAUCAUUUUGUAUGUCUUGUUUUUUGUUUUGUUCAGAUCAGCCUUUUGUUAAGCUACCUUAUGUUUUGGGGAUAUUUUAGUGUACAUAAAACACAUAUUUUUAUUUUUUUCCACCAAACAUGUAUGUUUCAGUUUCUAGUAAUAUUAUCCUGUUACGGUUUUAAGGUUUUGGUCAAGUUUUGGGUCAAUUACUAAUUUAUGUUUUAAUUCCAUAUUACCUAAGAAUUUGAUGUUUCUUUUAACGGUUCUGUAUUUUUCUUGUUUUGUUUUUUUCGUAUGAAUUGUUGGCUUUAAGCUUGAUAUUGUAUCCAAACGUAGAUCAAUGGAAUCUACAAAAAUAUUUAAAAAAUAAAUCUCCCCUUUUCUAGCCAAAGUGAUCUCUAUGAAACCAGAGAGUUUCCAUAGCAAAAUAUUUUGACAAAGCCCGUCUGUUAAGCUACAUUCACAACGUUGAUAAGCCUCGUUUAGAAUCUAGCCUCUAACAAUCUGCCACAGUAAGAUGAAAAUCAAUAUCAAUAAACUGUUGUACUCUA